AUGGGGGGAGAUCCAAGAAUGGGGCAGGGGGGCGGAGAGAAGGAAGCCUAAAGGAACUACUUGCUCACAUCUUCAGAUUCUGAGGCUGGAAGGAUCUUUGGAGAGCCAGGCGAAGAGCCAACGAAGACCAGUUGCCCGGCGGUGUCAGUGGCUGGAAGAUCCCUUCUGAGCCUGUCAGAGGAGAAGAAAUAGGAAGGGCCCCAGGUUCUGAGGUCCUUCCAUGGAUGGUGAGUAAUUGGGUGGAUCACACAAAUCUUUCUCCUGAUCUGUCUUUCAGAGGGAUUCCCAAGGAUAGAAGUCAAGGUGUGGAUUCCUCACUAGUAGACAAAAUGGAGUCACCGUUGUUCACUGAAUCAUCUCCUCCUUUUGGUGAAGCUGAAAGAGCCGCUGGAUUCCUGAUUCAGGGUCCUGUGUCCUUUGGGGAGGUGGCCAUCCAUUUCAACAAUGAAGAGUGGUUGCUGCUUGAUCCCAGCCAGAAAGCCCUGUAUCAAGAAGUCAUGUUGGAAACGUCUAGGAUGGUGGCCUCUUUAGCAUUUGAUGCGCAGAAGAAGGAGAAUGACCAAGAGCCAAAUUUAAUGCCAUUGCAAAUAAUCAAAACUGAAAUUCCUGAGGAGACAUCUACAAAUAAGUGGGGAAGGAGGAAACCUGAAAAGAAGCACAAUUGGAGUGAAAACUCUAUUCUUGAAUGUGUGGAAAUGGAUCAUUUCCUGACCCAACAUGAUUCCAAAGAAUAUACGGGGAAAUGUCAAAGUAGAAAAAUAUUCAAAGCAAACCCCGAUGUUAGUAACCACUGCAAAACUGGAAAAAGCUCCAGUAGUAAUAAUCUUACUUCACAUAAAAUGAUCCAGGCAAGGGAGAAGCCCUACAACGAUGUGAACCGUGGAAAAAGUAUUGGAUGGAGAGGUAAUUUAACUUCUUAUAAAAAGAUCCACACCAGAGAAAAACAGUAUAAGUGCCUAGAUUGUGGAAAGAGCUUGAGGCACAGAGUGUGCCUAAAAUAUCACAAAAGGAUCCACAUAGGAGAAAAACCCUAUAAAUGCAGGGAGUGUGGAAAGAGCUUCAGUGUAAAGAGGUUUCUUACUUCUCAUAAACUGGUCCACACAGGAGAAAAACCAUAUGAAUGUAUUGAGUGUGGGAAGAGCUAUAAAAACAGCAGUUACCUGAUCAUCCAUAAACGGGUACACACGGGAGAGAAACCCUUUAAAUGCAUGGAGUGUGGAAAGAGCUUCAGUGUAAAGUGUGCUCUCACUUCUCAUAAACUGAUCCACACAGGAGAAAAACCCUAUAAAUGCCUGGACUGUGGAAAGAGCUUCAGGCAAAGCGGUAACCUUAUUUCCCAUAAACGUGUCCACACAGGAGAAAAACCCUAUAAAUGCAUGGAGUGUGGAAAGAGCUUCAGGGGAAACAGUGCACUUAAUUAUCAUAAACGGAUCCACACAGGAGAAAAACCCUAUAAAUGCCUAGACUGUGGGAAGGGCUUCAGCCAUAGUGGUGAGCUUGUUUCCCAUAAACGGGUCCACACAGGAGAAAAACCUUAUAAAUGCAUGGAGUGUGGAAAGAGCUAUAAAAGCAGCAGUUACCUGAUCCUCCAUAAACGGAUCCACACAGGAGAAAAACCCUACAAAUGCCUGGAGUGUGGAAAGAGCUUCAGUGUAAAGGGUGCUCUCACUUCUCAUAAACAGAUCCACACAGGAGAGAAAUCCUAUGAAUGCAUGGAGUGUGGAAAGAGCUUCAGUGUAAAGAGGUCUCUUGCUUGUCAUAAACGGAUCCACACAGGAGAAAAAUCCUAUAAAUGCAUGGAGUGUGGAAAGAGCUUCCGUGUAAAGGGUGCUCUCACUUCUCAUACACGGAUCCACACAGAAGAAAAACCCUAUAAAUGCCAAGAGUGUGGGAAGGGCUUCAGGCGAAGUUGUGACCUUGAUUCCCAUAAACAAGGAGGAUCCGUAAACAAGCUGAUCCACACAGGGAAAAAGCCCUAUAAAUGCAUGGAGUGUGGAAAGCGCUAUAAAACUAGCAUGUACCUGGACCUCCACAAACGGCUCCACAAGGGAGAGAAACCUUAUACAUGCCUAGACUGUGGGAAGACUUUCAGGCACAGUGUGUGUCUGAAAUUCCACAAAGGGAUCCAUACAAAGGCAAGGCCUUAGAAAUGUGUGGAUUGUGGAAAAAGUUUCCGUGUGAAGAGUUCCCUUACUUCCCAUAAAAGGAUGCAUACUGCAGAAAACCCCUUUAAAUGCAUAGACUAUGGGAAGAGCUUCAGCACUAGUAGUUACCUGAUAUGCCACAAAAGGAUCCAUACAGGAGAA